AUCCACAUUCCACAUUGUCCCUCUGUCGAGUAACAUCUGGUCAAAAGACCGGGGUUCAUUUACUGCUGCCGCUACGUCCUCCGCUGAGCCUUCCUCCCUCCUCCGUCUGCCGGGGAGAACUGAGAUAUAGGUUCUUUUUUUCGUGUUCCAUAAACCACACACGCGAAAAUGCCUAGCAAGAGGAAGAAGAAUAAGCGCCGCAUGAGGAGGGUGCAGGCCCAGAGGAGAGUACUGGAGGAGCAGUAUGCCGUGACCAGUAAGGGAACGCCGGGCAUCGCAGCGGUCAAAGCACCCCCUGGAUCGCUGCCCAAAGCGGCCACCAAGAAAGCAGCCCCCAAGGCUGCCCCCAAGGCUGCCCCCAAGGCUGCCCCCAAGGCUGCCCCCAAGGCUGCCCCCAAGGCUGCCCCCAAGGUUCCUGAAGCUGUCCCCAUCGCUGUCCCUAUAGUCAAGGUCCCCGUUGUGGCACCGGAACCAGUCAAGAUUGCGGCACCGGUCGAGGUUGUGGCACCAGUUGAGGUACCAGAACCAGCCCCAGUUGAAGUACCUGAACCAGCCCCAGUCGAAGUACCUGAACCAGCCACAGUUGAAGUACUGGAACCAUCCCCAGUUGAGGUUCCAGAAGUCCCAGUCGAGGUUCCAGAAGCUCCAGUUGAGGUUCCAGCGCCCGAGCCUGAGGUGGUUGAGGCCGAAGUGGUCGUGGUCGAGGCCGAGGUGGUUGCCCCAGCAGAAGCCCUUGUGGAGAGUCUGCCUCCAACAGAAAUAUCUGCUGCAGUGCAGGAGGCCGAACCCGUCAUUCCAGAAGCAGAACCAGAACCAGAGGCUACACUCCUCCCCGAGGCCCGCUUGUCAGCCCCUGCCGAGUUUGAGGUCCAGGUGGAAGACUCCAUAGCCAUCGUCACCGAUUUCCCUGAGGCGCAUGUCAUCUCAGAGGUGGCGCUCCUGUCGGAAGUCCCUGCUGAGGCAGAGGCCGUCGUUGAGGCAGAAGCGGAGCCUCUAGUUCAGACUGAGCCCCUGGCUGAGGCAGGAGAAAAGGCAGUCGUCGAGGCAGCAGCGGAGCCCAUCGUGGAAGUUGAGGCAGAGCCCAUCGUGGAAGUUGAGGCAGAGCCCAUCGUGGAAGUUGAGGCAGAGCCCAUCGUGGAAGUUGAGGCAGAGCCCAUCGUGGAAGUUGAGGCAGAGCCCAUCGUCGAAGUUGAGGCAGAGCCCAUCGUGGAAGUUGAGGCAGAGCCCAUCGUCGAAGUUGAGGCAGAGCCCAUCGUGGAAGUUGAGGCAGAGCCCAUCGUGGAAGUUGAGGCAGAGCCCAUCGUCGAAGUUGAGGCAGAGCCCAUCAUCGAGGCUGAGGUUGUCGCCGAGGCAGUCGUAGAGGCAGCAGCUGAGCCCAUCAUUGAGGCCGAGGCCAUCAUAGAAGCUGAGGCGGCCCCCGUCGUUGAGGCCGAGGUCACAGCGGAGGAGACGCUCGUGGAGGCCGCGGUGGUCGAGGCCGUGGCUGUCGAGGCCGAGGUGACUGUUGCCGUGGAGACGGAGGCUGAAGCUGAGAGCCCAGUGGUCUCUGAAGUCGCAGAGGACGUACCUGCGCUGGCAGAAGCACCAGCAGAGGUUCCAGUGGUCGUGGAAGUGGCCGUCGCCGACUGUGUGGCCGACGACUUCGUCAUCACAGACUCCGCCCCCGUAGUAGAGGCGGCCAUGGCUGAGCCUGAGCUUGCCGUCGUGGUGGAACAGGUGCUCGCAGUCACAGCUGACGCUCUCGACGCCCUAUCCGAAUCUCUGAAUGACAUCACACCCGCCCCUGAACCCGUUCCUAUCUUGGCCCAUGAGGUCAUUGAGGAGGCAGUGUGUGAGGAGGAACGGUUGACCAAGAUGGGGGAGAGAGACGACAGUUUACCGCCUGUGUUCCAGCCCUCUGACGAGGCCCUACUGGCUAAAGAGGAAGUGGAAGCCCAGCUGGAGGUGGAGGUCCAGAAGGACGCCAUCGACGAGAAGACCGCCCUGGAGGCCCUAUCGGGAGACUUCUCUGCCCCCCCUCAGCCAAUCAUCUCUGAGCUCCAGUGUCACACGCUGACCUUAGUGGAUCCUGUUCCAAUCCCCUCUAUGGAGGUGGCCGAGGGUGCUCUGAACGGCCACGUCACAGCAGAGGUGGUCAUCGAGGGCUAGGUUGCGAGGGGUCUUCAGUCAGUACAAAACUGACCCGCGCCUAACAGGAAACAAACAAGAACUUCCUUUUUUCCAGUGUAUUUUUAAUUGUAAUUUUUUAGGGAUUAAAAGGGACCGCUGGGAAACUGAAUGGACAUCAACACUCAAAAGUGCCUUUCCCACUUGGGUUCUCGCCGAAAUAAAUCACAACAAACGUGUUCCCGAUGCCACAUGGAGGCAGAGGAUAGACAGUAUUGGAUGACAAAUUAUGGCUUAUUUCAUAGAUUUUUCUCUAUCCCAGAGGGAUGAAUUUGCAUCGGAUGUAAAUUGCAUACGUUGUGUAUAAAUACCGUAGAAUUCAUGAAUGUGGCGAUAGUCUGUAUCUUUUGGACCAUGUUUGGAAGGGUGGGAGGGAGGGACAUUUCAUUGUGUUUGAUAUUUGAAUCCAGUUUUUUCUAGUUGUUCUCCCAUCCUAGAAGGGGCAUGAUGAGAGAUCGGGCCAUGCCCCCCCCCCAACCCCCUUUUCCCUAAUGUGGUGCCGUUUUUUUUAAAGGGAUAGUCCGUAACAGCAAACUCUCCUUUAAGGUUCAGUGUACCCAGUCCCGUUGAGCGUCUGGCCAGGUGGUAGUGUGACACCUUGAUCUCGGCCAAUCACAGGCUCAGCUAGCGCGCAACGUUCGACAGACGCGGGUCAAACGUGCCCCUGUGGAGGAGGAGGGGGGAGCCGUGUAGAAAGUCCUGUUUUAGUUCCCUUUUUUGUGUGUUUUUUCUCUCUCUUUUCUAAUUGUUUUGUAUAGACCAUACCAUGUGGUACAAUGCGGUUUAUGCGCUCACGGUCCGUGCUCGGGUGAGAGACGUCGCUAGGAGCUGAACAAGCGGAGAUGGUUUGACUUUUGAAUAAAGCUGUCACUGACCGUGACUCAUGAACCAUGUUGUCCUGUCAUGACUGGUCUCAACGAACCCCAGCUGUCUCGUGCUCUUCAGCUGAGGCACAGAGCCUUCCGCCUACCGCAUAAACCCCCCAUCUACCUUUCCUGACAAAACUGUGAACUUCUAGUCCUUGAUUGUCUGCUACGCUUACCAUAUGCAUUUUUUUGUAUGUCACUUUUGAAUAAAAACCUCUGCUAAAUCGAAAGAAAA